CACUGACUCCUGCUUCAACCCCUACCGUCUCUCUUCCACUCUCCCCCUUUCUCUAUCUCCAUCUGGUUUAUUUAUUUCACAUUCCCCCAUUUCCUCAAUCUCCCGAAUCCUUGUCUUCCCAUCCUCUCCAUUUCUCUCGCAUGGUGACCAAUUAGCCGCCAACAUUCCCUAACCACUCUGCAAUGUUGAAGCUAUCAUUCUCACCUGUCCGCAUUUUCAUCUUCCUCUUCGUUAUCUCUUUCCUCUUCUCUGCGUGGUUGCUUCCUUCCACCGCCCUUCCCCUCUCCGACUCGGAUCAGCCGCUUCUUGCAAACGCUACUCUCCAGUCCAAUAACGUAUCCAGUCCGAGGAAUAAGGAGGGUAGUUUUGCAGACAUAAUUGAUCGUGCUUUGGAGAAUGAGUUCAAGGACAAUGACCAGAAUGAAGAAAUUGAUUCAGGAAGCUUCAACAACAGCGUAGCAGAGAAGCAGGCAAUUCUGGAGACUGUGGCAAGGGUAAAGUCAAAGAAAAAUGAUACGAAAGAGGAAAAGUUUCAGCUUCAAAAUGUUUUCAAUUUGGACAAUGAUAAUAGAGCUGAAGAUACUCCUACAUUGAUUGAUCGAAAGGAUAAUGUGUUUAUCAUAUCUAACUUCAAGUCUAAAUAUCCAGUGCUACAACUAGACUUGAGAUUGAUCUCAGACUUGGUUAUCGUAAUUGUCUCUGCAACCUGUGGUGGCAUUGCCUUCGCCUGUGCUGGACAACCAGUUAUAACUGGAUACCUCCUAGCAGGAUCUAUUAUUGGACCUGGAGGAUUUAACUUUGUCAGUGAAAUGGUGCAAGUUGAAACGGUAGCUCAAUUUGGUGUAAUUUUUCUUCUUUUUGCACUGGGGUUGGAGUUUUCAACAACUAAGCUUCGAGUUGUUCGUGCAGUUGCUGUUCUUGGUGGCUUGCUCCAAAUUUUUCUAUUUAUAUGCCUCAGUGGGAUCACAGCCUCGUCAUGCGGUGGGAGUGCUUCUGAAGGAGUAUUUGUUGGAGCAUUCCUAUCAAUGUCCUCAACAGCAGUGGUUCUGAAGUUUUUGAUGGAAAAGAACUCGACUAAUGCUCUUCAUGGACAAGUCACAAUUGGCACCCUUAUCUUGCAGGACUGUGCUGUUGGGUUAUUGUUUGCUUUGCUUCCAGUAUUAGGUGGGAAUUCUGGUAUUCUUAAAGGAGUGAUGUCCAUGAGUAAAGUGUUGGUGAUCUUGGUUACUUUUUUGGUUGUUUUGUCAAUUUUAUCCCGUACAUGUGUUCCUUGGCUUUUAAAGUUGAUGAUAAGUCUAUCAUCACAGACCAAUGAACUCUAUCAAUUAGCGUCAGUGGCGUUCUGCUUGCUUGUAGCGUGGUGUAGUGAUAAGUUAGGGCUAAGUCUAGAAUUGGGUUCCUUUGCUGCUGGAGUGAUGAUAUCGACAACUGAUCUUGCUCAACACACACUUGAACAAAUAGAGCCUAUAAGGAACCUUUUUGCGGCCCUUUUUCUUGCCAGCAUUGGAAUGCUGAUCCACGUUCAGUUUUUGUGGAACCAUGUUGAUAUAUUACUAGCAGCUGUUAUACUGGUGAUAAUUGUAAAAACAAUUGUAAUUAGCACAGUGGUGAAGGGAUUUGGAUAUAACAACAAGACAUCAGUUUUGGUUGGAAUGUCACUGGCUCAGAUUGGAGAGUUUGCUUUUGUUCUUCUCAGCCGUGCUUCUAAUCUUCAUCUAGUUGAGGGGAAAUUGUAUCUACUGCUUAUUGGGACCACAGCUCUCAGUCUGGUGACAACUCCUUUUCUUUUCAAGCUGAUACCAGCUGUCGUGCAUUUAGGCGUGCUAUUGCGAUGGUUCUCUCCAGAUAGUCUCGUUGAGAUUGGAUUUAAAGGAGACAUCAUCCGCUCAGACAGUGUAAAGCAGCGGGCAAUGUUGAUAGUCCAGGGACCUCAUGAUUCAUGACAGUGAUACUCUGAUUGUAUGUCAAUUGAAAAUGAAACAUCAGUUUCUGCUGGAGGAGUCAAAUUCUGGGCUGCUCAUCAUCCCCCAUGUGCAAGUGAAGUCGAUUGAGCCAAUCUGUAUAUUUCAUGUUUUUCUAGCAUCAUAUAAAAGCGUGUCCAGAAUCAUUUUUUGUUACACUCAACUGACCUUUAGAUAUGGAAAAAUCAGAUAGAGGAACUGUGGGGCCAGUACUGUAGAGGAACUACUAUUGUAUUUGUCUUCACUAUGACCUGAUUCUUUGUAAAAUGUAUUAUAGUUUGGAUAUUUAUAAUGAAAUUGGUACCCUCCAAAAUGAUCA